UGCUUUUCGCUCAAUCUCCCCCCAACAGGUGGAUAAAUCGGGGGGGGGGAAAGAACAUCGGAGAAAAUACACCCUGGGGAAAACUGGACGUGUUUCUGAAGCAGGUGUAAUCGACCGAGGAAACUUCGUUGUCGCUUUUUUUUCGUUUCCAGGAUUUCUUGCGCGGCGGACAGCUGAAUGCAGUGUGCGCCAGUCUGCGUCCCCCCCCCCCCCCGUAAAUAAGACCGAAUGGAAGUCGUGAUGAAAACUGACCGAAUCUGGAUGUACAGUGGAGAUACUGUCUAGUCUCCAAAAAUAAUAGGGAAGAAUGCAGACUACACUAAAAAACAAGAUUAAGACGGACUGGCAUCACUUGGCACCAACACAUUAGCAGGUCUUCAUGCAGAUCCAUACUGCAGUUUUCACAUUUGGCGGAAGCUAAAUUCAAGAAGUUGAGGCGAAGGAUUUUUUAAAAAGCUUUAAGCAUCUGUAGUAUUAGUCCUUAUGUGGUCUCGGGGUAUUUUCCAAAGGAAGAACAUUGAUCUCCAUGAGCGAAGUUCCUAUGCCCAACAUUCCAAAGUGUGAACUCCCCCAGCUUGGCACCAGCUGUAGCAGUGUUUGCCGAGUGCUGGUAAACUGAAGCUCAGGGAGAUGUCACAGCUGUACUACCGGCGGACUGACAGCUCCUCGUACCGGGACCGCAUCCCGCUGAGAAUUGUGCGGGCCGAGUCGGAGCUGUCGCCUUUGGAGAAAGCCUACCUCGGAGCUGUAGAGAAGGGGGACUACGCUAGUGUCAAACAGGCUCUGGAGGAGGCAGAAAUCUACUUUAAGAUCAACAUCAACUGCAUCGACCCUCUCGGCCGAACGGCUCUGCUGAUUGCCAUUGAGAACGAGAACCUGGAAAUCAUUGAACUCUUGCUGAGCUUCAACGUCUACGUUGGCGAUGCCCUGCUGCACGCAAUCCGCAAGGAAGUGGUGGGAGCUGUGGAGCUGCUGCUAAAUCACAAAAAGCCUAGUGGUGGCAUGCAGGUUCCUCCUAUCUUAUUGGACAAGCAGUUCUCUGACUUCACCCCUGACAUCACUCCCAUCAUCCUCGCUGCACACACCAACAACUAUGAAAUUAUUAAACUUCUGGUGCAGAAAGGCGUGUCUAUGCCGCAGCCACAUGAGGUGCGCUGUAACUGUGUGGAGUGUGUGUCUAGUUCAGACGUGGACAGCCUGCGGCACUCGCGCUCCCGCCUCAACAUCUACAAAGCGUUGUCGAGUCCCUCGCUAAUUGCGCUCUCCAGCGAGGACCCCUUCCUCACUGCGUUCAGGCUCAGCUGGGAGCUGCAGGAGCUCAGCAAGGUGGAGAACGAGUUCAAAUCAGAGUAUGAAGAGCUGUCUCAGCAGUGUAAACAGUUUGCCAAGGAUCUCCUGGACCAGACCAGAAGCUCCAGAGAGCUGGAGAUGAUCCUCAACUACACCGAUGACAUCAACUUAUUGGAGCAGGAUAACAACAACGACCUGGCAAGACUCAAACUAGCUAUCAAGUACCACCAAAAAGAGUUUGUAGCUCAGCCAAACUGCCAGCAGCUUUUGGCAUCCCGGUGGUACGAUGAGUUCCCCGGCUGGAGGCGGCGCCAAUGGGCAGGGAAGUUCAUCACCUGUGUCUUCAUCGGCCUCCUCUACCCCGUGUUUGCUCUGUGCUACCUAAUCGCUCCUAAGAGUCGCCAAGGCCUCUUCAUACGCAAGCCCUUCAUCAAGUUCAUCUGCCACACCGCGUCCUACCUGACCUUUCUAUUCCUGCUGCUCCUCGCCUCCCAGCACAUUGUCACGACCGAGCAGAACAGGCAGAACAGGCAGGGUCCCGCACCAACCACUGUGGAGUGGAUGAUCCUGCCCUGGGUGCUGGGAUUCAUCUGGGCAGAGAUCAAACAAAUGUGGGAUGGUGGUUUCCAAGACUACGUCCAUGACUGGUGGAACCUGAUGGACUUUGUCAUGAACUCUUUAUAUCUGGCCACCAUCUCCCUUAAGAUUGUAGCUUACACUAAGUACAGUGGUAGUAAACCCAGGAACCAGUGGGAGAUGUGGCACCCAACACUAGUAGCUGAGGCUGUGUUUGCCAUAGCGAACAUUUUCAGUUCCCUGCGCCUCAUCUCGCUGUUCACUGCCAACUCACAUCUGGGGCCACUGCAGAUCUCUCUGGGGAGAAUGCUGCUGGACAUCCUGAAGUUCCUCUUCAUCUACUGUCUGGUCCUACUGGCCUUUGCUAACGGACUGAACCAGUUGUACUUUUACUAUGAGACCAAGGCUUCAGAUGAGAAGGGAAAAUGCAAAGGCAUCCGCUGUGUGGAGCAGAAUAACGCUUUCUCCACGUUAUUUGAGACGCUGCAGUCUCUCUUCUGGUCAAUCUUUGGUCUGAUCAACCUUUAUGUGACCAACGUGAAUGCAGACCAUCAGUUCACUGAGUUUGUCGGGGCCACCAUGUUCGGCACCUACAACAUCAUCUCACUGGUGGUGCUCCUUAACAUGCUCAUAGCCAUGAUGAACAACUCCUACCAGCACAUUGCUGACCAUGCAGACAUCGAGUGGAAGUUUGCAAGGACAAAGCUGUGGAUGAGUUACUUUGAAGAAGGGGCCACUCUGCCGGCCCCGUUCAACAUCAUCCCCAGCCCCAAAUUAUUCUUGUACCUCAUAUGCUGGAUCAAGAGACAAGUGUGCAAGAGGUCAAGAUCCAAGCGCCCGGGAACCUUUGGAACUCUCGGAAGGCGAGCAGCAGAGAACCUGAGGAUCAAUCAUCAAUAUCAGGAGGUACUGAGGAACUUGGUGAAACGUUAUGUGGCCGCCAUGAUCAGAGAUGCCAAGACAGAGGAAGGCCUGACUGAAGAGAACUUCAAGGAGUUGAAACAAGAUAUCUCCAGUUUUCGAUAUGAAGUGAUGGGCAUGAUGAAGACAGGGAAGCCUGCUCUACAGGCCGGUGGCAGCUCAGUGGAGUCCACUCUUGUUUACCCCAACUCCUCGCUCCAGGUUUCUCCCUCCCUCCAGAGCAGCAAGGUGAAAAGCAAACUCAACCGAUUCAAGAUGAUCGCAUCCAUCCUCAAGCAGGGCAGUUCUUUAGCUUCACCCAGGCCGCCUGAAGCCUUCAAUGGGCUACCCAACGGACUUGUGGUCUCUGAUGAGAGCUCCAGCAAAAAGUCAAGCCAGAAGAGAAAUUCCCCCAAAGAUAUCAUUGACUUUGGCUUGUUGAAGAAAAGCCAAUGGGGUGGCAAUGAAGCCACGUCAGGUGCAGGAGAGAUUUCCAGAGAGAUUUACUCUUUGUCAGAAGAAGCAGGGGAGUCCGGGGGCUCAGACGCAGAGCAGCAGGACAUAGAGCACAAGGCAAGAGGUGAGGAAGGACUCCUGCAGACAGAAAGGGAGGAGGAAGCUGCAGUAUAUGGAGCCCAGAAGGAUGACAGCGAGGUCUCGAACACCAACAACAGCUCAGAUGAAGGUGGCAAAAAAUAAAGCGAUGAAGAGGGUUUAACCUGCAGUGACUCAGUAGCUAGCUGGAUGUUUAUCAGGGUCAUCCAGAGAAGAAGCAUAAGAUGUGAAGAUACAUGAAUAUAACUCCAGGCCAAGUAAUGUUGGACUGAAUACAGAGAGACUGACAAUCAAUGUGAGCUUCAAAUGACGAGGAUGUUGUUUUGCAAAGAGUAUAACUUUUCCAGUUAUUACUAAACUACUGAUCAGAUUUGAUCUUUGGAGACUCAGGGAGGCCUUUGGUUUAAGUGUUUUAAAUGUCAAUAUAAUAGCUAUAGGAGAUGCAGCAAAGGUAAACGGAGCUCUGUGUGAGCAUCGCAAGGAUUUAGAUUUUAGGAUAAAGUCAUUUCAUUUUAUCUCAUCCCUGAUGAUUGGAAAGUAAUUAUUUCCUGAAACUGAUCAUUUCCUCUUUUUUUUUAACCUCCGCUCCCUCCCCCUGCCCCUUACCUGACGUGUGCCCUUCUUUUCAAGUUAUCAAUCAUACUCUCUCCUUCAUCAAUCUCUCUCUACCUCUUUUCCUGUCCCCGUUUAUCUAUACACAGCUUAACUCUAUCCGUCUUUUUCUCACUAGAGCAAUAGAUGUGUUCCGUUUUAGACCCGACUCUCUGCCUUACUCUGUCUGUUUCUGCACUUUACACACUUUACACUGGCAUACAGUAUCUCAAAGAUGUGUGAAGCUCUGGUCAUGCAACAACAAUUCUGUCAAUGUUUUUCUAUGCAAAAACCUGGGAUUGUGAUUCUCAUCAUUCUAAAGAGGACAGUGGUACGUUUACCGGUGACAGUUCACGACAAGUAUUCCCGUCUGUAAAAUAGAACAUGGCCGAUGAAGCAUAAUGGGAGAUAUACUGUACAAUACGAACACAGCCUAUCAACUAUUUAAAGUAACAAGUUAUUCAUGUUUUCUCACUCCUACAGAAAAUAAACUUUGCUGUUUUUAACUGGUACCUUUAGUUGUCAUGUUAGUUUGAAUGAAUGAUGUUAUAGAGAUUAAAACAUAAUUCAAAUUAA